UUUUAUUUUCUUCUCUCUCCCUCUCUUCUCUUUCCGGUUCCGGUUCCAAAUCGCCUAGGGUUUCCUGGAUUGCUCUCUCUCUCUCUCUCUAGAAUCCUCCGUUUCUUUCUCAACGAGCGCCUCCUCCCGACGCCGUCUCCGAUCUCCUGCUUUCCGGGACCUGAUCCGCGCGACGCCCUUUGUUCUGCGGCCACUCCGAUUCGGAGCUUCGAUCGAGCGCUCGUCGCCGUCGAUUAGUUCCCGCUCUUCUUCUUCUGAUCUCUUUCUUGUUUUUUGUGGCUUGAGAGAGCGAGAGAGAGAGAGGGAAGGGGGAAAUGGUGAGGGGGAAGACGCAGAUGAAGAGGAUAGAGAACGACACGAGCAGGCAGGUGACGUUCUCGAAGCGCAGGAACGGGCUGCUGAAGAAGGCGUUCGAGCUCUCCGUCCUCUGCGACGCCGAGGUUGCACUCAUCAUCUUCUCCCGAGGGGCAAGCUCUACGAGUUCUCGAGCUCGACGAGACGGUAGGUUUUCCUCCGCAUUUUUGCUCGUCUUUGCUCGCGACCCACCACCUCGCUCGGCGCCGAAGCCCCGACGCCCCGCUCACCGGGUCCUCUCGCUCCACCGCCGCUGCAAACCCGGGCGCCGAAGCCACCAUUCCUGCUGCGACGCUGCUGCUGCUGUCUCCGCCUCUGCUCCGACAACCCGACGCCAGCAAUCGCGACGCCUGAUGCCGUUGCCCCGAAGACCAGCAACCGACGUCCCUGCUCGGCGCUAGAAGCCCCGACGCCCCUACUGCUGGGUCCUCCUCUGCUCCUCGACGCCCCUGCAAGUGCAUGCUGCUUUAUUCUUGGUUGUGAAUGCUGGUAGAGCUAAGUUGCAGUGUCUGACUUCCUCAUUAUUGUGAAUUAUUUAAUACUUUUGAGGCUUUAUUCCCCUUGUUUUCUCUUGACUAAGUGUGUAUCUCCAAGUGUGCCCUCUCUCCUUGUUCUAA